GGGCCUCCUCCCCCCCCGCCGACAGGCUUCUGGGCAAAGGGGAGUCCUGCCCAACAAGCUCUUGCACUGGAAGAAGAUCCCAGCGCAGAAUCUCCGAGAGUCGGUGUGGGCCUCGGAGAAGACGGUGGCAGUGGACGCGAUCUCGGAGCACUCGACGGAGCUGGUCAAGUUGUUCUUUGAGGACCCGGCGGAGGAGAGGAAGAGGAAGAAAGCGGCGAUGAAGGCGAGCUCGUCCAAGGACAAGAAGAAGGCAAUCCAGCUCCUCGACCUCAAGCGUGCCAACAACAUCGCGAUCACUCUGUCGAGGUUCAAGAGCUCCAACGCGGAGAUCAAGAACGCGAUCCUGACGCUGGACGAGGGUCUUCUCUCCCUCGAGCAGCUGCAGAUGCUCCUGACGCUCCUGCCCACCCCCGACGAGAUCCGCAUGCUCAAGUCCUACAAGGGCGAAGUGGAGAAGCUCGGGCCCUCCGAGCAGUUCCUGCACACCAUGGCGAAGAUUCCCAAGGUGGAGGCGCGGGUGCAGGGCUUCAUCUUCAAGCAGGAGUUCAACGCGAGGAAGAGUGAGCUCAAGGAUAAAGUCACGCUCGUCGCCUCCGCCGCCAAGCGCGUCAUCGAGAGCGUCAAGUUCAAGGGCAUCCUCGAGAUCACCCUGGCCCUCGGCAACUUCAUGAACAGCGGGCACCAGCUGGGGAACGCGCAGGGCUUCAGCAUUGAGAGCGUGUUGAUGCUGUCGGGGAUCCGCUCGGGCAGCAACAAGAAGAUCACUCUCAUGCACUACCUCGCCGCCCUCACCGCCUCCAAAGAGCCCUCCCUCCUCGACUUCAGCCACGACCUUCGCGACUGCCGCGACGCCGCGAACAUCCCGCGGGAAGCGCUGAGCCUGGAGCUGAACCAGCUGCAGCAGUGCUGCGACGAGCUGAGAGACACGCUCUCGGACCUGACGCAGCCGAAGCAGGACAAGAAGGAGCACGACUCCUCCACCAGCACCUUCCUGCAGAUCAUGACGCACUUCCACAAGACAGCCAGCGGCGAGCUGGGGGAGGUCACUGAGAAGAUGGAGCUGCUCGACAAGCGUUUCAAGGCUCUCGCCAAGUACUUUGGGGAGGACCCCAAAUCCUUCAAGCCCAACGAUUUCUUCAAGAAUGUCGCUGUCUUCUGCGACGAGUUCGAGAAGUCUCUCGAGGAGAUCCGCCAGUACCAGAAGGAAGGCUCAGUUGGGCUCGAAGGCCUGCCGAUGAUCUGAAGGACUCCGGGAGGAGGAGGAGGAAGAGGAAGAGGAGGAGGAGCGUCAGUGUAACAAUAGAGGAGGAGGACUGAGACGAUG